AGUUUGGCUUAAGCUGCAGCCGGGCGUGGCCAUCCUGCUCAGGCUUGCCAGGGAGACAAGGGGACUGGCGAUGGUGGCGCCCUCGCCGGAGCUACUCGCCGCCGCCGCAGAGGAGGCGAAGCUAGCCGCGCAGCACCGCGCAGAGGUCCUCGCGCACGUCGGGCCCGACGCCUUCUCGGCCCGGGAGCAGCAGGAGCUGGAGCCCGACGACUGGAUGCACACCACUGGCCGUGACAACUUCACGGCCGCGGAGGUGCAGGUGGGCAAGCGCUGCCACGGCUUCCACAUGGAGAUGCUGCGCCAGGAGGAAACGCCCGUCGGUUCCCACUACCAGCUCAUCCACUACGACGUGCCGGUGCUCCCGAGGGGGCAUUCGCUGCGCCUGCACGGCCUGGUGAGGAAGGAGCUGCGCCUGUCUCUGGACGACGUCCGCGCGCGCCCCGCGGAGACGGUGCCAGUGCUCAUGGCCUGCGCGGGCACUGGCAGGUCUCUGCAGAAGCGGCGGCUCUGGGCCCACGUCCCCUGGGGGCCCGACUCCGUCGGCUGCGCCAGGUGGACCGGCUGCUCGCUGGCGGAGGUCCUGCGGGAGGCGGGCCCCCUGCCGGAGGCUGCGCAGGUGAUCUUCACGGGCGCCGACAAGGGCGUCGAGAAGGGCGAGGUGCAGUACUUCCAAAGGUCGCUCUCCCUCCAGGACGCCAUGCGCGGCCACGUGCUGCUCGCCUACCAGAUGAACGGGGCGGACCUGGUCCCCGCCCACGGCGCGCCCAUGAGGCUCAUCGUGCCGGGCUGGUAUGGCAUGGCGUCCGUGAAGUGGCUCACCUCCAUAGAGGUCACGGCUGGAGGCUGGUGGGGCUGCCAGAUGGACUCGUACUCCUUCAAGCGCACCAGCCAUGAUCCCAAGGCCGUCCCCAUCCGGCAGCUUCCCGUGCGGGCCCUGAUGGCCCCGCCGGGGUACCCCGAGUUCGUCUCGCGCACGCGUCUCGUACCCCCGGGCGCCACCCGAGUGGAGGGCCGGGCAUGGGCCGGAGCGGUGGACCUGGAGCGUGUCGAGUUCUCCAGCGACAACGGGCGCACCUGGCUCAUGGCGGAGCUGGGGAGGAAGAACGGCCCCUUCGGCUGGGCGCCGUGGCACUUCGACUGGGACGCCACGGAAGGCACCCACGUGCUCUGCUGCCGUGCCUUCGACGUGGCGGGCAGGAGCCAGGACAGCUUUAGCGACGAGAUGUUCAACUGGGGCAGCUUUGGCAGCACGCAGCCACAACAGGUCUACGUCAAGGUGACUGCGGCGAUCAACGACCCUGGCUCGAGCAUCGACCUCACGAACGAACAGAAGGCGGCAAAGACCGAACUCGUCCCCCAGACCGGCCUGACCCAGGAGAUGGUCGACGCACUCUAUGGCGCGCCCGGUAGCCAGUAGGGGGAGGAUGAGGAGGAGGG